AAGGUGCUCUAGAAGGAGCUGCUCUUGUCCUCUGGUCAGAUGUUCUCCUGCAUCUCACUGCUGACGACAUCCUCCUCCUCCUCCUCCUCCUCAGUUGAUGAGAAUCUUUAGCAUCCUGCUUUGCGGCGGUAAAGCACACUUUGGACCGAUCUGGACUUUCCACCAUGACAGCCAGCAAGGAGCAGCCGAAGCAGAGAGCCAAUAAUCCCCCGCAGCAGGACGAGGAUCUUGGUGGGGUGAGUCCGCCUCAGAGGAACUGGAAGGGCAUUGCCAUCGCCUUGCUGGUCAUCCUGGUGGUCUGCUCCCUCAUCACUAUGUCGGUCAUUCUCCUCACACCAGCUGACAGCCAAGCGGGAAGUGACACCAAGCUGACAGUGGAGGAUCUCUUUAAGCCGGAGUUUCAGGUCCAUGACCCAGAGGCUAAUUGGAUCAAUGAUUCUGAAGUUAUUUACAGAAACAGCGAUGGUCAUGUCGUCAAGUUCAACAUCCUCACUAACGAAACAGAGAUUGUCCUGUCGAACGCAACAUUUGUGAAUUUCAACGUGGCCAAAUACUCUGUGUCCCCUGACCUGAAGUAUGUACUCUUUGCUUAUGAUGUCAAACAGGUUUACCGACAUUCCUACAAGGCUUCGUACAGCAUCUAUAAUAUUCACACAAGGGAGGUUUGGGAACUGGAUCCUCCAGAGGUGCUGAAUUCAGUCCUCCAAUACGCUGCCUGGGGAGUGCAAGGCCAACAAUUGAUCUACAUAUUUGAAAAUAAUAUUUACUACCAGUCAGACGUGAAGAGCAACUCCCUAAGGUUGACGUCCUCAGGGAAGGAAGGAAUCAUCUUUAAUGGGAUUGCUGACUGGCUCUAUGAAGAGGAGAUCCUUCAGACUCAUGUGGCACACUGGUGGUCACCUGAUGGAGAGAGGUUGGCCUUCCUGGUCCUUAACGACAGUUUGGUGCCCAACAUGGUGUUGCCUUGCUUCACAGGAAUGACAUACCCCAAAGGAAAGCAGUACCCAUACCCCAAGGCAGGCCAACCUAAUCCUGUGGUGAAGCUUUUUGUUGUCAAUCUUUAUGGGCCGACUCACACCCUGGAACUUACUCCUCCAGACAGCCUCAAACUGCGGGAACAUUAUGUGACCAUGGUGAAAUGGAUCAGUAAGAUCCAUAUGGCUGUCAGGUGGUUGAACCGGGCUCAGAACAUUUCUAUCCUGACUGUGUGUGACACCACCACAGGAGCUUGCGUCAUGAAACAUGAAGAAACUUCAGAAGUGUGGCUUUCCAAACAGAACCAAGAACCAGUGUUCUCCAAAGACGGAAAACGAUUCUUCUUGACUGUUCCAGUUAAACAAGGCGGGCGUGGAGAGUUUCUUCACAUUGCUAUGUUCACCACACAGUUCCGAGCAGAUCAAAAUGAAGUACGACAUUUAACAUCAGGAAACUGGGAAGUGACAAAGAUCCUUGGCUAUGACGGAAAAACCGACAAUCUUUAUUUUCUCAGUACGGAAGGUUCACCACAAAGGCGACAACUCUACAGUGUUAAAACUGUAGGAUUGUUCCCACGAUGGUGUUUAACAUGUGAGCUCAAUAAAGCCCACUGUAUGUAUUUCGAUGCUGCCCUGAGCCCCACGUACCAGCACAUCAUCCUGCACUGUAAAGGUCCUGGAGCACCUGCAGUCAUCUUGCACAGCCUCAACACUUCAAAUUACUAUGUUCUAGAAAACAACUUCUUACUGAGGGCAGCUUUGAACUACAAAAGGAUCCAACUGACAGACUUCAGAACAAUCCCAAUCCAACAUUUUGAUUUACCUUUGAAAAUCUCGUAUCCACCUGACUUCUCGGAAUCACGACACUAUGGACUCCUCUUGAUCAUCGAUGGCACCCCUGGUGGUCAAGCUGUGAGUGACUGCUUCAGUCUGGGCUGGGAUUCCGUGCUGGUCAGCACAGACAACGUCAUCGUGGCUCGCCUGGAUGGGCGGGGAAGCGGCUUCCAAGGCCAGAGGGUUCUUCAUGAGGUCCACCAGAGACUGGGAACUGUGGAUGUUCAGGACCAGAUCGCUGCAGUGGAAUACAUGAUGAAUUUUCCAUACAUUGAUAAAACACGCAUAGCAGUUUUUGGAAAGGGUUAUGGAGCCUACAUUGUAUUAAUGAUGCUCAAGUCGACAGAUAGUCUAUUCAAAUGCGCAUGUGCAAUGUCACCCGUCACAGACUGGAAACUGUAUGCAUCCGCCUUCUCUGAGCGGUAUCUUGGCAUGCCUCCACUGGACGACAGCAGAUACCAGUUCUCCAGUGUGCUGCAAAAUGUUCAUGCGCUACGAGAGCAGACGUUGAUGCUGGUGCACGGCACAGCAGAUGCUAACAUCCACUUCCAACACACAGCUGAGCUUGUCAAGAAUCUGGUGAAAGUUGGAGCAAACUACUCAAUGCAGCUCUACCCAGACGAAGGUCACUUCCUGUCGGAUCAGAGUCAGCAGCACCUGUAUGCCGCGCUCAACCACUUCUACAGGGACUGCCUGAAGGAGUCGCUCUUGCCACCGACUGAUGACGAAGAGGAAGAGGAAGUGUAAGAUCAGGCUUUAAGUAGAUCUAUUUUGGACCAAGACAUGGUGGAAAGAACACAUGUUGGUUAAAAAAGACAACUUCUGGACAUUGGAGAUGAAGGUGACACUUUUUACUGAGGCAGGAAAUAACCUUUACAGCAAAGCACACUGAAUACCGUCGCCAUCGUUUGCGGGAUGACUGAUCAUCCACAUCAUCCAAGUGCAUGCUGGGAAUCCACCGAUAACACUUGUCUCUCUUGUGGAAGACACUUUGCUCACAUCUUCUGCACAGUAUAUGAAAUAUGUGUACAUUCUCAUUCAUACGUCAUCAUUCAAAUCCUGAAUGGACGCAACUCAACUCUAGUUUGUUGAAGACUUUUGACCUUUCAUCCAAAACAUUUCUUCACUUCUAAAUUUGAAGUGAGGAUUUCCCCUGUGUGUUCUUGGGGUGGUCGCAUUAGGGUUGUUAUUGUCGUUGUUGUGUUCCACAGUGGAUGGGGAACAACAUAACAAUUAAUCUCUAUUCUGCCUGGUGGCAAAACAACUCGUCAGUGGAAUGAGACAAUCUUUGGGAAAGAGAUGUCAGAACUCUGUUAGAUGACGAUGAUAGCUCUUGACAUAAACUUCUAGUUUGACUUCUUGAUCAAAGAUGCUUUUUUUUAAACCAGCAAUCAUUUUCCAAAACUUGGAAAUCUUGGAAUGUUUCUUCUUUUUCAUAUGCAAAUCAAUUGCUGACUGGCGCCUGAAGUAACUACCCUCUUAUGCUGUGCCAUUUCUUUGUGUAAGAGGCAUAUGGUCUCUUGGAUGUACAAUUUAUUGCAGUACUAUGCUACACUGUACUGCAUUAACAAUAUUAAUAUAUUUUACCAAUGAUUCACAAACUUUAGUGGUACGCGGACUCCAUCGAGUGGUACACCAAAGAAUCGCUUGAUUUCCAAUAUUUAUAUACAGUGUUACUGUUCAAACUGUGUGUAUAAUGUUACAGUGUCUAAAAAUAUGAACUAUACUUGUUAAAUUAAACCUCUGCUUUGUUUAUAAUGAAUAUCUAGGCGUACUACAUUACUGUAUUUUAAUGUUGGUCAUUAUGAUGGUACUUGAGAGCCAAGUGUUUUCUGAAGUGGUACUUGGUGAAAAAAGUUUCAGAGCCACUUCUUUACUGCAUAAACAAGAUUUAUAUAACACACUGUAUUGCAUACGCAACAUUCCGACACUACACUGUACUACAUACAUUGUUAUGUAAUACAUUGUAGCCUACACAACAGCAAUAAACUGUAAUUCACAUCAUAAAUAUUUAUAUAAUACACUGUACUGCAUGAACAACAUUAAUACACUACACUGUACUGUUUACACAACACUGCUACACUACACUGUACAACAUAAACAAUAUUGCUAUGUUACACUGUACUACAAACACAAUAUUACCAAACUACAUUCUACUCCUGCAUAAACAAUAUUAACACAUUACAACGUACAACAUUUAAUAUUUAUAUAAUACACUAUAGUGUAUACUAGAGUUGAAACGAUACUAUGAGACGAAAUGGUCACCAUAUUAAGGCCAUGGUUGGUUGGUUGGUUGGUUGGUUAAAAUUGAUAUCAAACAUGUAUACAUUAUCACAUAUUUUACAUAUUUAAAUUUUUUCUUUACAUGUCCAAAAAGGAGUAGGAAGAAGCAAAGCGUAUUUAAUCCUACCCCUUUUUCACUUGAUAGCAAUUACCAACACAUAUGUUCACUUACUGUUCUCAAUUUGUACACAAUUAACAUCACUGUGUUCUAAAUACAUCAGUUCUUCUCAUAACUAGUUAAAUUAGUGUGGUAUUGUCAAAAAAAUAAAGACUUGGUAAAAUAUAUCAUAAUAUGUAAAACGAGGUGGCAGCAAAGUUAAAGAUGAACACACACAUACUGUAACUGAACACAUACAUAAUGAUCAAAUGUUCUAAUCAUAUUUAUUACUGCAAACAAGCAUUUUAAGUGUAAAUGAGUUAAGUUGUCUUUAUUUGAGAAUCAAAAAACGGCGUAAUAUACGAUAACACAGUGAAAUUAAAAUAGAACACCUGACAACAUAAACAACGAAUACACGUUUUAGACAAUAAUGUUGCCAAAUGCCGUGCCCCUACACAAAAUACAGUGAUACAGAACAUGAAGAAAAAUGAAAUAAAGGUCUUAAUUAAACAACAUAAACAAUAAACAUACUUGUCUGCCGUCACAUGGACGCCUACCUCUCAAGGGAAGUAGAAAGGCGUGUCCAACACAUAUAGGUGGGUUUCACAAAUAUUAAUGCAGUAGGGGGAACACGGUGAGACACACAUUGACACAACAUCAAACAAACAUCAAGUAUUUUCUCAUAUUGUACACAUUUUGUGUAAUUAUAACAAUAAUAAAACAUUAUAUUAUGCAAUAUAUUUAUACUAUAUUACUACACAACACUGUACUGCCUAAACAGGCAAGGUACGGGAGUAUCCCCACCUAUUAACAGGAGAAGUGAGACACCUCCUUCCCUUCACUAGCCUAUAAGACACUCUUGGGCAAGGUGGAGUACCCACUUAGGCUCCAGAUAGUAUUUGGACUGAUCGACUUUUUGAUGUGCCAGACAGAAGAUUAUGUGGUGUGGCCUGGGCAGAUGGAGCACUUGAGCAGUGGAAGUGAAGUCGUCUAAGGGGAAGGAAAACCCUGGACACACAAAACCCGCGGGGCGGUCCCCUGUAAGGUGCAUCUCGAUUGAUUGAGUUUUCAGGCAGGACGCUGCAGCCAUCCACCGAGCCGGUCGUCGCAGUCUUCUCAUGUGCUAUCAGGCUCCUCAGCGCGUGGCCGUGAUAGUAGGCUGGGGUUCAUGCACCCCCUUCCCACGCUAAGCUUCCUUAGCAUAUGUUUAUUGUCUGUUCGUGUGGCUUCCAGCGUGAGCGCAGCACUACCAGUAUGAUCAUUGUGGCCCUUCUGCUGCAAAAGAAGUGUUGUGAGCAACACUGGGAUCUGUACUUUGUUUUUGUCUACCUCAAAAAGGCCUUCAAUACAGUAAACCUGCUGUGGAACAUCCGCCGCAAGUUCGGCUGCCCUCCGACCUUACUGGCCGUCCUGCAUCAGUUCCACAACGGUAUGUGUGCCCAAGUCACCAUGGCAGGUGCUGAGUCAAUCAGCUUCACCGAAGACGUCAGUGUGAGGCAGGGCUGCAUCCUGGCUCCGGUCAUCUUCUAACUGUUCCUGGUUCGAGUUACCCUUGCCUCGCUUCCUGACCUCUAACCCGCAAAUG